AUGACGUCGCCGUUUGUCGAUGCGAUGGACUCCUUUUCCAUGUCUUUUUCUGAAAUAAGUGACCCCUUGGCCGAGUUUACGAGCGUCGGGUCGAUGCAUUUUGACGAUGCGCUCGAGACGCCGAAAGCGCUCGGGAACGAGUUUCCGCUGCGCAACGCGAGCGCCGCGGACUUGUCUGGGGCGAGUAAACACCUCGGGCCGCUGGGUACGUCGCAUACAUGGCUCACACAAGGCUCCUGGCAGUGCAGCCUGCACCCAGACGACCUCGGCGGCGGCCUCGAAAGCAGCUCGAGCACCGCCAGCACCAGCUCGGUGACGAGCCUCGCGCGCGCCACCAACAGCACCGACAUGCUCGCGGGGCGCGGCCGCCUCUCGGGUGGUGCGGAGAGCGAGAGCGAGUACGGCGAAAUGUGGUCGGCAACAAUGCAACCGUCGCCAGACCCCGCCAAGCAUCCGUCGCCCGAAGUGCCGACGCGCAUGCGCCCGUGGCCGCCGGCGGACCUGCGCACACCGCGUUCCGCCCACCCCGAGCUGAUGGACUCGCAGAUCAAACGCGAAACACCCCCGCACACGCCGCUCAACCGCGACGCAACGCUGGCGCACGGCAUGCGCGCAUCCGCCACGCCCAGCGACCGCAGCGAGGCGGUCACCGCAUCGCCCGCGCAGAUUCCCUCCCACCAUACCUCCCCGAUCCACGUGAGCGGCUCGCCGCUGGCACUGCGUGCGUGGAACGAGCCGCUGCUCCAGCCCGCACACCAGUUUUCCUCGCUGGGCCUCGUGCCGAACGCCGAGCCGCACUCGCUCGGCCACCUCUCGGGCGCCUUGUCGUCAUUCGGCCUGCAGGCGCUGCGGCCGGGCGCACCGCAGCCGCUGUUUAUCGAUCCUUCGUCGACGAGCGGCGAGUCGUCGGCACGGACGAGCAUCGACGCAACGCACUGGUCGCUCACCCCGGCGAUGGCCGCCACGUCGCUGCAGUCGCCCGCGCCGAUCUCGGCAUCGCCCUCGUCGCCGACCAAGUGCCUGUCGCCGUCGCGGCGUGCGCGGGCCGCAACGCAAAAGGCGCCACGCAAGGCGCAGAGCACGCCCAUGUUCCAGAUCAUGACCAUGACCGGCGUCGAGUCCGCGCCGCCGGUGCCAAGCCUCGCCCCGUCGCCGGUGCGCCAGCGCACGUCGCAGAAGGCACUGCGCAAACACGGAAGCAAUAAGCGCAUGAAUGCGAGCGGGCCCAGCAGCGUCACUUCGACGCCGGGCGACAAGGCGCAGGGCGCAAGGCUCCGUGCGCGUGGCUCGAUGAUGGCGCUGCGCCAGGCGAAUGCGAUGCACGCCGCGUCGAAGCCGGCCGCACGCCGCCCGCCGGUCUCGCUCAGCUUUGUCAACUACGGCAUCGACGACGCGGAGGAGCUGUGCUCGGCCGUCGCCCCGAGCGGCAGCUACAAGGUCCCGCUGCGUGGCUACCGCGACUCGGACGGCGAAGAGGACGACGAGGACGAGCCGGGUGGGGAGCAAGGUAACAGCCCGCCGCCGCUCCGUCACGCGGCAUCGAUGGACGUUGCACCGGGUGCCAAUCAGACGCCUGGGCCGCAGCCGCCCGCCGAGAUCAAGCGGCGGCGCACGACAGCAGUGCUGCGCGACUUUGCAUAG